AUGACAACUGAGCAAAGUGGACACGAUCAUUCCCUUGCAAUUAGACAAGAAAUACAACGUUUUGAAAGUGUUCAUCCAUCAAUUUAUGCUAUUUAUGACUUAAUAGAUCUUAUAUCUGAUACACACAUGGCAAAACAAAUCCGUGAACAUGUUGUUGCAAUUGAAGAUUCCUUUGUCAAUAGUCACGAAUGGACAUUAGCUAGAGAUGUUCCAGAAUUACAUUUAGGAAUUAUUGGUUCAUCUGACUCAGGAAAAUCUGCUUUAGUUCAUAGAUAUUUAACUGGUUCAUUUAUGCAUGAAGAAUCUCCAGAAGGUGGUCGCUUUAAAAAGGAAGUCUUUAUCAAUGAUCAAAGUUAUCUCUUGCUAAUUAGAGAUGAGGGUGGAGUACCAGAAUCACAAUUUUCUGCUUGGAUAGAUGCUUUAUUACUUGUAUUUAGUUUAGAGAGUGAAGAAAGUUUCUCAAUAGUUUGCAGUUUUUAUAACAGAAUGUGUUCAUUUCGAAAUAUGUCAGAAGUACCAAAAAUACUAGUAGGAGUUCAAGAUUCAAUUAAUGAUUCUAAUCCCCGAGUUAUAAAAGAUGUUAGACCACGAAAAUUGGCAUGCGAUUUGAGGUGCCCUUAUUAUGAAACAUGUGCUAUUUAUGGAUUGAAUGUUGAAAGGGUAUUUCAAGAUGUGUGUCAAAAGAUUAUUCAACAUAUAUCUGCAAAACAUUAUCGAUGUAAUGGACAGCAAGCAAUAGACAAUGAAACAAAAUAUCCUGUUGCAAUGAUUGCCAAAAGUACACAACUUCUAAAUAAAGAAAUAGAAGCAACAAAUUCGUCAAAAUUAAAUACAUCUGAUAAAGAUGAAGAUUCUAGAUCAUUUCAUAAUAGUUCUACUCAAAAUGAUUCUGGAACAAUGAGUGAUAAUUUUCAUAAUGCACAGAAUCAACAUGGAGAUUUUAGAUCCUCAAUUUUAACACCAACUACUAUCAGGAAAUUUAGAAGAAAGUCUAACAUAUUUACUCCAUCAAAAAAGGAAAAAUAUAAUAUGGGUGAAAUGGGUGUUGGUAGGGAAAUACCUGUAAAACAAGGUUAUUUAUUUAAACGCAGUAGUAAGUCCUUAAAAGAAUGGAAAAAAAAAUAUGUUACAUUAUUGGAAGAUGGUCGUUUAACUUAUCAUUCCAGUUUACAUGAUUAUAUGAAUGAUACUAAUGGUAAAGAAAUAUUGCUACAAUAUGUAACUGUAAAAGUGCCUGGAAAAACGCCUAAAGGUUCUAAAUCAUCUAAUGCUCAAGAAGAUAGUUUUGAAUUUUCUAUAAUUUCCUUAGAAAAUAAGACAUGGCAUUUUGAAGCAAAUAAUGCUGAAGACAGAGAUAGUUGGAUUUCUGCUAUAGAACAACAGAUAUUAUCAAGUUUGCAAAAUAGUGAUGGUGACAAAAAAAACGAAACUGAUGCUUUUAAAAUGCAUUGUAUAAAGAACAAAGUGUCAGGAAAUGAUGCUUGUGUAGAUUGUGGAGCACCUAAUCCAGACUGGGCUAGUUUAAACCUAGGUGUAUUAAUGUGCAUUGAAUGCUCAGGAAUACAUAGAAAUUUAGGUUCACACAUAUCAAAAGUUAGAUCCUUGGACUUGGAUGAUUGGUCCGCAGGUCAGUUAAGUGUAAUGUUAGCCCUUGGUAAUGAUAUAGCAAAUAGUGUUUGGGAAUACUGUCUAAAUGGAAAACAGAAACCAAAUUCAGAUUCUCCUAGAGAAGAGAAGGAACAAUGGAUCAGAUGGAAAUACGAAGACAAAAUCUUUCUGCCGCCUAUUAAUCCGAAUAUUUCUUUAGGGAAACUUCUUAUUGACUCAGUUUGCCGGGGUGAUAUGAGAGCAUUUACAUUAUGCUUAGCUAGAUGUAGUUACGAAGAUAUUAAUAUGCCAGUCAGUAUGGAAGAUUUAAGAACACCUCUGCACUUGGCUUGUGCUACAGGGAAUUUAGCUAUGGCACAACUUUUAAUAUGGCAUAAAGCAAAUCCACAAAAUUUAGAUCAUGAAGGACGUACUUGUAUGUCAUAUGUACGAGCACUUGAAAGAACACUUGACAAUUCAUCGGAUUCUAUGGAAAUGCAGAAGCUUCUUGAAGUACUUGAACAAGCUAGUGUUUCUGGAGUAGAUGAUGUAGAAACUUCUCAGUAUUAAAGUUACGUUAUGUGUUUACAUUAUGUACUUAUUGCAUGCAAGGCCAUGCUUUAAUUAAUGGCUUAGAGUUGAUAUAACUUUUAUUAUUAACAGUACUGAUACUCAGAAAGACAACCAAAGUAUGUUAAAUGG